CACUUGUUUAAGUUGUGUUGGUUGUGGGAUCGCAAAAAACAAAAUGUCCCAGACUGAGAGCAUCAGGGGAUUCCUGGAUAUUCCAGAGAUGCUGAAAUCACUCUUAGACUACCCCCUCCCUCAGAAUGGAACAGAGAAAGACAAGACCAAAUUGGACAAAGAUGAUGAUCAUGAUAGUAUGGUGGCCUCUGCAUCACUCAUGCCCCCCAUCUGGGACAAAACCAUUCCCUAUGAUGGAGAGUCAUUUCACCUUGAGUAUAUGGACCUAGAUGAGUUCUUACUGGAGAAUGGAAUCCCUUCCAGCCCAACACAGCUUUCCCAAGCCAUUCAGACCAUUCCACUUAUGCCUGUAGUGGAGCUUGAAUGUGACAAUGAACCAGCUUCAACUUCAUCUGCCUCACCGAUGUCUCCCUCUGUACUGCUGGGGAACUCAGAAGUUGAAGAUUCUGACUUAGAGGACGAGGAAGACCCUCCUAGUCCUGUUGAUCCAGAAAAGGUAGAGGUAGAAGUGAACUUUAACCCAGAUCCAACAGAUCUUUUGCUCUCCAGUGUGCCUGGUGGGGAACUUUUUGAUCCCAGGAAGCAUAGGUUUGCAGAGGAGGAGCUGAAACCUCAACCCAUGAUCAAGAAGGCCAAGAAAAUAUAUGUCUCAGAAGAAAGGAAGGAUGAAAAAUACUGGAAUAGGCGGAAGAAGAACAAUAUUGCAGCCAAGCGUUCCCGUGAUGCCCGACGACUCAAAGAAAAUCAGAUCACCGUCCGGGCAGCCUUCCUGGAAAAAGAAAACACAGCACUGCGCUCAGAGGUGGCCGACCUCCGUAAAGAGCUGGGCAAAUGCAGGAACAUCAUUUCCAAAUACGAAACGCAGUGUGGACUGUUGUAAGCAUUCUUGUGUAUACUGACCCUCUUGCCCCAAUAUCUUUACAAUCACAAUGAUUAAUAGCAUGGGCUGACCGUUUUGUCACUUACUAGCAAACCAUAUUCUAUGUAUUACUGAAGACAUAGUUGGUGAGACUUCUAUAAGAGAGCUCGUUUGGGCUAAGAUAGAAUUGUGGCCUCUCUUGCACAAGGUCGAAAGUCUCCCUCCCUUGCAACAAAGAAAAUACUGGACAUUUGUUGGGUGAAAGGGAACUUAAGCUAUUUUGGAAAUCAUCUUUGUACAGCAAUACAAGAAACAAGAACUGCGUUCAAUAUGUAUGUUAGCAGAAGACCAAUUUUGUUUUCAGCAAGGGUUGAUUUGUUGCCCCUGAAAUAUAAAAAUGGUCGGCAAUCAGAAAUGUGUAGAAAUGAGUAGCUGGGACAAUAACUGCCAACUUAGACGAAAAAUUGGAGAAAUAAAAAAGAAAAGCCCCUUAGGUUGACAGUCUUGUGCUGAUAUGCUAACCAUCUGACUCUUCCAAGUUUUUUUUAAUAUAGUUAAUUAUAUCUCAACUACCUCUGAUGGAAAGCUGUGUGUUUUGGGUAACUGUAUAGUUUCAGAAUGUUUGCUUCCCCCGGGUAUUGUGUAGAAUUUGCUGAUCAUUUGAAUAUAAAGAUAAAAUAACCCAAAUAGUAGAUUUCUUUUUUUUUAUUUUCACUGGGGUACUGAAUUGUAGAGUAUCCUUAUUAGAGUUUUGUACUGUGUGAGAGCAAUAGAAAAGUAUAUCAUUGCAAGCUUUUUUUAUUUUUUGGAACAAAAAGUUCGCCAGGCGUGUGAUACAGUUAUGAAGUUAAAAAUAUUAAAUGCAUCUACACCCACCAUCAUGCAGCAGUGCCGAUAAGCUUCCAUUUGUCUGCGAGCUUCUGAGAUCAUGCGCUGAUGUCCACUUGUUCUUGUAAAUUCAUGGUCCAUUCAUUUUGAAAUCUUAACUAAAUCAGUGAAGGCAAUACACACCUAUAUAUCAGGAGUGUCUCAUAUAACCUACAUAACUCUAUAUAACUUUGUUUCACAGAGCUGUCUCAGGGUAGUGCAUUGAUCCCUAUCUGCAUUUUGUAUUUCUGCCCAAAUAAUUCAUACAUUUCUUUUCAAAAGUUCACUAUAGAGUUGUCUAUAUUCUGUGAAGCAUGCACAUUUACCUAAACCAAGCUGUGUGGCGUGAACUAAUAUUUUAAACAGUAAUUUAGUAAUAGGAAAAUAAGGUGUUUUUUCCGGUUAAUGCUGUAUGGGGUAGUUCACCUUAAAAUUAACUUUUAGCGUUAUGUAUAUGGCAGUGCUGUAAAAAAUAAUUUACCAAUGGGCUUAAUUCUUGUUUUUUUUUUAUUUUUAAAUAUUCUGCGGUCAGCGAUGCCGUGAAAGAUAGGUUGCCAGAUAAAAAAAUGCACAAUUAAUAAUAAUAAUGCCAAUUUAAAAAGUUGCUUAGAAAAGGUCAAUCUGUAACAUUCUAAAAGUUAAUACAAAGCUGAACUUCCCCUUAGAAGGCCACAUUUUCAAGGUAGAUCUGUAUUUGUUGGCAGAACAGGUUCCAUAGAGAAUAUAUUUAUGUGGUACCUACAGAGCAGCUAGCUGCUUUUCCACAUACUUGUAAGAGUGGCCGGCUUUGUACAUGUCUUGAUGUAGAUCAUGGAAUAAAAUUCAGUGCCACCUUUAA